AUGGACGUGUGGGGCCCGGCCCGCGUCCGUGGACAUGGUCACGAGCGCUACUUCCUGCUGGUGGUUGACGACUACUCGCGUUACACCACAGUCUUCCCCUUGCGCAGCAAGGGUGAUGUCGCUGAGGCGGAGAGUUCUCCUCUGGCCUUCUGCGAGCCUACUGUCGUGCGCGAGGCAUCCGCCAGACCUUCACGCUUCCGGACUCUCCACAGCAAAAUGGGAUUGCUCAUGGACCUCGCUCGUACGUCCAUGAUGCAUGCGGCUGCCCCCCAUUUUCUGUGGCCGUUUGCGGUUCGGUACGCGGCGCAUCAGAUCAACCUUCACCCCAGGGUCUCCAGGCCGGAGACCUCCCCAGCCUUGCUGUGGACGGGGAAGGUCGGCGAUGCUUCUGCGUUCCGUGUCUGGGGAUCUCGGGCGUUUGUCCGCGACUUGUCUGCGGACAAGCUGUCCCCUCGUGCUGCUCCCUGUGUCUUCCUUGGCUUCCCCCCUGACGCCCUUGGGUGGCAGUUCUACCACCCCAGCUCUCGUCGUGUUCUGUCCUCCCAGGACGUCACGUUCGACGAGUCAGUACCCUACUACCGCCUCUUCCCCUACUGCACUCCUUCCCUCCCCCCGCCACCGCACUUCCUUGUGCCAGUUGAGCCAGUCGAGGUUGCUGGUGACUCUGGUACUGCUGCGGGUGCUGAGCAUGGGGGUGCUGACUCUGGGGGUGCUGCGCGCGUGGGUUCUGAGCCUGGAGGUGCUGCAUCUGGGGAUGCUGAGCCUUGGGGUGCUGAGCCUGGGGGUGCCACGACUGGGGGUGCUGAGCCUGGGGGUCCUUUGCCUGGGGGUGCUGCGUCUGGAGCUGCUGAGCCUGGGGGUGCUGAGUCUGGAGCUACUGAGCCUGGGGGUGCGGAGCCCGCGGCCGCUGGACCUGCUCGUGUGGCGUCUGGCGGUGCUGGGCCUGCUGGUUCUCCGGGUGCUUCGUCUCGGCGGGAGCUACUCUCUCCACAGGAGCUGCGCGAGUGGUUUGCCCGGCGCUGGAGGCGUACUACUGGAGCUGGUGCUUCUUCGGAUACCGAGGGUGCUGGUGCCGCCGGUCUCGGAGGUGCUAGUCCUACGAGUGCUACUGGAGUCGGACCUGAUGAGGGUGUUGGCGCUGAGGCUACUUCUGACAGUCCAGGCGGCGGUCCUGCUGCGGGUGCUACUGGUGCUGCUGGAGGCACUCGAGCUGGAGGUGCUGUUGGCGCUGGUGCUGCCGCUGGGGGUGCUGGUGCUGUCCCUGCUGUGUCUGCAGUCGCCGCGCGGCCUCGGCCAGGUCCACUGGUGAUCCCCGAUUGA